GACAUCACAGAUAUCAACGUUAGUAAUCAUAGCAACGAUAAUCUCAAUGAGAACAUUGCAGAUAAUACUGAAGCAGAUAUUAUUGACAUUAAUACUGAUAUCGAUAACAACAAUGAUGAUGUUGAUAAAAUAAUUGAGGACAUCACAGAUAUCAACGUUAGUAAUCAUAGCAACGAUAAUCUCAAUGAGAACAUUGCAGAUAAUACUGAAGCAGAUAUUAUUGACAUUAAUACUGAUAUCGAUAACAACAAUGAUGAUGUUGAUAAAAUAAUUGAGGACAUCACAGAUAUCAACGACAUCACAGAUACCAAUGUUAGUAAUGAUAGCAACGAUAAUUUCAAUAAGAACAUUGCAUAUAAUACUGAAGCAGAUAUUAUCAACAAUGAUAUGGCAGACAGUUAUAAAUCAGAUGAUAAUCAUAUUUCGGCUGUUGAAAAUGAUACAAUUAUAAUUAUGGGCGAAAUGGGUAGUGGGAAAAGUACACAAACACCACAAUUUUUAUUGCAAGCAGGAAUUUCAUCAAAUAAAACAAUUGCUAUAACACAACCAAGACGUGUUGCUGCAAUUAGUUUGGCUAGAAGAGUUUCCCAAGAAGUUGGAACAGAACUUGGCCAAAAAGUAGGAUAUUCAGUUAGAUUUGAUGACAAAUCCUCUAGAAAUACCACAAUCAAAUAUUUAACUGAUGGUAUGCUCUUACGUGAACUGUUGUCUGAUCCACUACUCAUGAAUUAUUCGAUUGUGAUUUUGGAUGAAGCACAUGAGCGAACAAUGAGAACAGACAUUCUUUUUGCUAUGGUUAAAAGAGCGCAAGAAUCGAGAAAAAAGAUUGAUAGUGACGACAACAACAACGUCAAUAACAAAAGAUCACGAGAAUUAAAAAUAAUUAUUAUGAGUGCUACAUUAAAUGCACAAAAAUUUGCAUUAUAUUUCAAUACGAAUACAAUAUUGCAAAUUCCAGGACGACAAUUUCCAGUCACUGUUAACUAUUUACCUAAAUCACAACCUGAUUAUUUAGAUGUUGCAUUAAUUACAGUAAUGAAAGUUCACACCGAAGAGCCACAAGGCGAUGUUUUGGUAUUUUUACCUGGUCAAGAAGAUAUAGAAAUUCUUGAAAAAUUAAUCAACGAAUGUGGUACCACGCUACCUGCAGACAAAAUGAAGGUUAUUACUUGUUUAUUGUUUGCUGCUCUUCCUACUGAACAACAGACCAAGGUUUUUGAUCCAGUUCCACCUGGAGCUCGUAAAAUUAUUUUAGCAACUAAUAUCGCAGAAACUUCUAUUACCAUCAGUGGGGUUCGCUAUGUGAUUGAUACAGGUAAAUGUAAACUUAGACAAUACAAUGCAAGGAUCGGAAUGGAAAUUUUAUCAAUUGAAAAUAUUUCAAAAAAUUCUGCAAAUCAAAGAAUGGGAAGGGCUGGUAGAGAGUCACCAGGAAUUUGCUAUCGAUUGUAUACUGAAGAAGAAUAUAACAAAUUGGAAAAAGAUACUGAACCAGAAAUUAAAAGAUUUAAAAGGGCUUUGGAGCAAUUGUAUAUUCUUAAAGCCCUUGAUAAUCAAGGCAAAAUAACAACACUUGGUAGAAAAAUGGCAGAAUUUCCACUCGAACCUGCUUAUGCUAAAGAAAUGUCUUGUACUAAAGAAGCGAUUGAUAUUGUUUCUCUUUUAUCAGUUGAUUCAAUUUUUUUCUCUCCACAAGAUCAACGUGAACAUGCUACAGAUAUGAAGAAAAAGUUCGUUUCACCUUUAGGUGAUUUAAUCACAUUCUUGAAUGUAUUGCAUGCGUACGAAGUUCAAAAAGGAAAUUCAGACUGGUGUCAAAAAAAUUUCAUUAAUAAACGCAACAUGAAACACAUUGUUGAUGUAAAGAGACAACUAAUACAACUUUGUGGGCGUUUGGGUAUUUCUCCCACGAAUUCUUGUGGCAAUGAAUAUGAUCAAGUUUUAAAAUGUAUAUUAUGUGGAUUUUAUAGGAAUUCUGCUAUUUUACAACCUACUAAUAAUUAUAAAACCAUAGUAAAUAAUCAGGUUAGCCGGGAAAUAUAUAUAAUUACGUAG